UUUAAUUUAUCCGCAACAAUGAAAACCGUAACCCUUGUUAUCGAUAACGUGUCCACCACGAUACAUCCGUUGUCGUGUCCAGCGUAUCGUAAGCUGGUCGAUGCUAGAUUCAGUCCGGCAAAUGAAAUCAUGAUCACCAUGCAAGUUAUGUCAAGCUACAUAACGAAUUCCUCCACAGUAUGUAUUUGUAGCCUUGCCAUUGUGUUCGCGAUGCACGCCUCCGGCCAGCUAAGCAUGUUGUAUACGAGGUUUAACGAACUCAUGAAGGAUAACGCGAAGGGAACCUCCUCAGUCGAACGAAAAUUAGCCGUCAUCGUCAAACAUCAUUUGAGAGUCUUGUGUUUUAUAACACGAAUGGAGGGUAUUAUGUAUAAAGCCUGUUUCGUGGAAUUGGCAGGAUGCACGUUAAAUAUGUGUAUAAUUGGAUAUUAUUUAGUAAUGAAUUGGAGUGUGCUUAGUUCAGCAAAAAUAACGUCGUGCGUUGUGGCAUACAUAUCAAUGGCCUUCAAUAUUUUUAUUUUUUGCUACAUCGGCGAGAUAGUCACCGAACAGUGUAAGAAAGUCGGUCGAAUGGCAUAUAUGACCAAUUGGUACGAGUUGGAUCACAAAACUGCGCGUAGUUUCAUACUAAUAAUUGUUCGGUCAAAUAAUGUAAUUAAGAUAACAGCAGGGAAAAUAUUUCCUUUGUCUAUCGCCACGUUCGGGGACGUAAUUAAAACUUCUGUAGCGUAUAUGAAUGCAUUACAAGCGAUGUCUACAUGA